AAGUUAAAGGAAAAGGUCUAGUGAAGCGAAAAUUCGUAGUCAUUUCCACGAAACUUCAUACAUACUCUAAAAUUGAAAUUCCUCACCUUCAGGUUUUACUUUCCCGCUCGCUUUUGGCCUUUUUCUUUUCUCUUUAAUCCAAUUUUUAUUCUCUUCUUUUUUAGGUCAAAUUACUGUUACUCUAUCCAAAUCUUGAAAUUUUAUGGUAUUUUAAUUCGACUUGAGUUUGUUAUCUUGUAGUUUAUCAGAGUCCAAGUGAGUAACGGUACGGUAGUUGAGUUUGAUUUUCUUAGUUUGUUUCCGUGAAGUUUCUGUGGAGUCUACGUCACGGCGGCGUUUCGGAAGAUGCAAACGAGGUACAUGGAGAGAUCCAAUAGUAAGAGAGGGUUGGAUGCGAGUUCAGCUGAAGAAGGUCAGCCUGAUAGGAAACGACCUGCUUUGGCCAGUGUCAUUGUUGAAGCUCUCAAGGUGGAUAGUUUACAGAAACUUUGCUCAUCAUUAGAGCCUAUUCUUCGGAGAGUUGUUAGUGAAGAGGUGGAAAGGGCUUUGGCAAAACUGGGCCCUGCCAAACUGACCGGAAGGUCUUCUCCUAAACGUAUAGAAGGACCUGAUGGAAGAAACUUGCAGCUGCACUUCAAGUCCAGGUUGUCGCUUCCUCUUUUUACCGGAGGGAAAGUAGAAGGAGAACAGGGUGCUGCCAUCCACAUUGUCUUGAUUGAUGCAAACACAGGUCAUGUUGUCACUUCGGGUCCAGAGUCCGUAGUGAAAUUGGAUGUUGUGGUGCUUGAGGGUGAUUUCAACAAUGAAAAUAAUGAUACUUGGACCCAAGAAGAAUUUGAGAGUCAUGUGGUUAAAGAGCGUGAAGGAAAGAGACCACUUUUAACUGGGGAUCUGCAAGUGACACUGAAGGAAGGAGUAGGGACUUUAGGGGAGCUUACUUUUACUGAUAAUUCAAGCUGGAUAAGGAGCAGGAAGUUCAGGCUUGGGCUGAAGGUUGCCUCAGGUUAUUGUGAAAGCAUUCGCAUUCGUGAAGCAAAAACAGAUGCCUUCACUGUUAAGGAUCAUCGGGGAGAAUUGUAUAAGAAACACUAUCCACCUACCCUGAAUGAUGAGGUCUGGAGAUUGGAGAAGAUUGGAAAAGAUGGGUCAUUCCAUAAGAGGCUGAAUAAAGCUGGAAUUUUCACAGUUGAAGACUUCCUACGACUUGUAGUUAGAGACUCACAGAGGUUGCGAAACAUUCUUGGAAGUGGCAUGUCAAAUAAAAUGUGGGACGUCCUUGUGGAGCAUGCGAAGACUUGUGUUCUAAGUGGGACAGUUUAUGUGUAUUAUCCUGAUGAUGCAAGGAAUGUUGGUGUUGUCUUUAACAAUAUUUAUGAGUUCUGUGGCCUUAUUGCUAAUGGACAAUAUCACUCAAGUGAUUCUCUUUCUGACAGUCAGAAGGUCCAUGUUGACUCUUUAGUCAAGAAGGCAUAUGACAAUUGGAUGCAUGUAAUAGAGUAUGAUGGCAAAUCUCUUUUAGGGUUUACACAGAGUAAGAGCGGAGGUGCCCCUGAAACUGAUGUUCCAACUGCUCCUCAACAUUAUAUAAAUUCAUUUGAUCAGCUCACUCUACCAACUCUGUCAGUUCCAGCUCCUCCAGAGCAGCCUUCUAUGAAUUCAGGCUUAACAGCUGGAGGUUAUAAUGAUACUACUCCUUCCAGAUUCCCAAUACAGCAACAAAAUGUUAAUCUCAGUGCUCCAAUGCAGUUUGAAGGCACUUCAUUUCCACUUCAGAAUCCAAUGAUGGCUGCUUCACAGCAAGCCCAUCUUCCAUGUGACAAUGUCUUGGCCCUUGGUCGACCACAGACAUCCUCAUUGGGUUUCCAGGAUGUUGGCACAUCAAAUCCUACUAGUUAUAGGGGAGUUGAGGACUUCCUCACAGAGGAGGACAUUCGUAUGAGAAGUCAUGAGAUGCUUGAAAAUGAGGACAUGCAGCAUCUACUUCGUAUAUUCAACAUGGGAGGCCAGGGCCAUUCUCCCUUUAAUGUAACAGACGAUGGAUACCCUUACUCAUCUGCAUUCAUGGGUAACCCAUCUGCCAAUUACAGCUAUGAGGAUGAUCGUUCUCGUUCAUCAGGCAAAGCUGUUGUUGGUUGGCUGAAGCUUAAGGCAGCCCUUCGGUGGGGUAUCUUUAUCAGGAAGAAGGCCGCUGAGAAGCGUGCACAACUUGUUGAGUUGGAUGAUUCAUAGAUAUGACCUGUAAAGCAAAGUUGAUCUGGUUUUGGUAUUAAUAGGCUAGCUCCUCCCACCAUGCUCGAUUAUAUUCUAAUGCGAGUUACGACAAUGAAUGGACUUCGAAUUCUUGGUUAGCAUCUUGCUCCUCAAGCUCCUGUCUUUCCUUGGAUUAUAAUCCCGACAUCUGAGAAUCUCCCUGCUUGUACAGUUCUUGCCUGUAUAGUAAGCUUGCAUCUUCUGUAUUAACAGCUGUCAGUCUUUUUCCACCCAUGAGCAUCGUCUAUGGAAAUCCCAAUGACAAAUACAGUUGAGCUGUUUCAACUGAAGAUGAUUGCGGAUGGGUGCUUUUCAGGGAGAGCCUUUCCAAAAGCAGGAAAACUUAGCAUAGGUCUCUCGCUUUAAUUUACAUUUGGAGACAAAUUCGAUAGAAGUGGACAUCUAACUUUAUCACUUCUAGAAUUUGUUAAUAUAUUGUAUCCUAUCUUGCAAUUCAUUUCAUUAUGUUAGUUGCCAUCGGACAGAAUAUAUGUUGAUGUUUUUGCUCUCUAAUUAUGGUAGUCUUGAUCAAACGCUAUUGAUGCAUUAUAAAAUCGUGUUUUGUUAGGUCUUUUUUUUUAACA